AUGUCGUCCAACUGUCGGGCUGGAAGACAUUCCCUGUGGCGGUUUCUUUCGCCGUUCCAAAGCAGGCAGGAGCGUGUGGUGCUGGCACGCAGCGAGAGCAUGCCGGGGGAACACGUGCUGAAGAUCACCAUCACAGAGACCACAAUAAUCGAGGCUGAUUCAGGGGUGUGGAACUCCAAGUCGCUGGUCUACCUGGGCCUGUGGUACUUCUUCAGCUUCUGCACACUGUUCCUCAACAAGUACAUCCUAUCACUGCUAGAGGGGGAGCCCAGCAUGCUGGGUAAGGAACAGGCAUCCGCAUGCACACACACACACACACACACACACACUCAAUUUCAAAUUGUCAAUACUCCAAUCAAUAGAUGGUUUGACUCAUAGUUGGUUGAUUCUAUUCAGGGUACUAAGGGCAUCAGAGGUAGAGGACUCAAUUCCUACAUGUUGUUGUACCAUGGUUUAUUGGUUUGAAUUGAUUUGUAGGUGCUGUUCAAAUGGUCUCCACCACCAUCAUAGGCUUUCUGAAGAUGUAUGUGCCUUGCUGCCUAUACCAGCACAAGUCCAGGACUGAGUACCCCCCCAACUUCCUCAUGAUCAUGCUGUUUGUGGGGCUCAUGAGGUGGGUCUGCACUCUUAUGACUCUACUUUCAGCUGCAUUGUUGAAGUUAUUUGGUUGGUUUGUUUAUUUUUGUUAAGUUGGACUAAUACAUGACUAGCCUUUAUUUCCGUAAUGGCUAACGUUAAUUGAUCAAUGUUUAUUUGAGUGUUGUUUCCAUGGGAGAGGUAUCAGUGCUACCAAAAUGGUUGUUGAACUUAAAUGACCGCUAAACAGGUAUAUUUUUAGGGAAGUGAGAUGCUGCACCUCAAUAUCAGCACCUCUAUCAUUACAGGUAAGGUCAAUGACGUGACGUGCAUAUUUUGGUGUCCGAAUGAAAUAUUUUCCAAAAUCAACAACCAAUUUAUACAUAUUUUAUGUUAUGUAACUAUACCCAUUCUCUUUUAUUGAGUCCUAAAAGAGUUAAUGGUUAAAUGUGAAAAACACGGUCACUUUCGUAAAAAAAAAAGUCAGAAGACAAAUGUAAUCUAAAUAAAUGUUAAAACAUCUCAAAUCAAAACAAAACUGUCAAAUUAUUAUUCUUGCAUUAUUUUUUUAAGGGUCUAUUACACUAAACGUCUGGGUAAGACAGUUUAGGCAGAAAGGUUUUAAAUACUUUAAAUACUUUUGUCCGGAAAAAUAGCCUUCAUGAUUAUCAUUCUGUGCGACCGACAUAAAGUCAUCAUUUUGGAUCAAAUCACAUGAUGGUACUCGUGACAGGAUGUGACAUCAUUAAGAUGCCUGUGAGAUACCCUUUGGUUAAGAAUAAAGUUUAGCAAGUCUCUCGUAAAUCUUUGAUAAGUUUACAUUUCCACUCCCUAUCAGGUUUUACCCCAAAAAUCUGAUCAUUUGGUGCAUCCGCUAAAAACCAAUUAAAAUGUUGAAUUAUCUGAAAAGCGUAUAUUUUAUUUUGAUACUCAAGAUACAUACUUGAUGUCAAAGUCAAAUGUUCACAUGGGUGCAUAAGCAGUUGCCUCUAAAACAUGUUUGUGAGAAAAGUAAUACGGUGUAACCAAAAUGAUCAUUCGGAGUCACCAGAAAUUCUGGUUACACCAUAUGACUAAACGGUUGUACUGAAUGAUGUCAAUAUGUUUUGUCUUUGUAUUAAGUUAUCUAUUCAUCUAUAUAUAUUUUCUGUACACACAAAUACAUAAUAUAUGUAAAAACACAAGUUUUUGUAGGAUAUGGGUGUUUUUAUGUCAGUUUUUGUUGUUUUAUAGUAAUGUACAUCAAGCCGCUAAUACUGAAAAUAACUUUACGUAAAUACAGUGGGGGGAAAAAGUAUUUUGUCAGCCACCAAUUGUGCAAGUUCUCCCACUUAAAAAGAUGAGAGAGGCCUGUAACUUUCAUCAUAGGUACACGUCAACUAUGACAGACAAAUUGCGAAUUGUUUUCUCCAGAAAAUCACAUUGUAGGAUUUUUAAUGAAUUUAUUUGCAAAUUAUGGUGGAAAAUAAGUAUUUGGUCACCUACAAACAAGCAAGAUUUCUGGCUCUCACAGACCUGUAACUUCUUCUUUAAGAGGCUCCUCUGUCCUCCACUCGUUACCUGUAUUAAUGGCACCUGUUUGAACUUGUUAUCAGUAUAAAAGACACCUGUCCACAACCUCAAACAGUCACACUCCAAACUCCACUAUGGCCAAGACCAAAGAGCUGUCAAAGUACACCAGAAACAAAAUUGUAGACCUGCACCCGGCUGGGAAGACUGAAUCUGCAAUAGGGAAGCAGCUUGGUUUGAAGAAAUCAACUGUGGGAGCAAUUAUUAGGAAAUGGAAGACAUACAAGACCACUGAUAAUCUCCCUCGAUCUGGGGCUCCACGCAAGAUCUCACCCCGUGGGGUCAAAAUGAUCACAAGAACGGUGAGCAAAAAUCCCAGAACCACACGGGGGGACCUAGUGAAUGACCUGCAGAGAGCUGGGACCAAAGUAACAAAGCCUACCAUCAGUAACACACUACGCCGCCAGGGACUCAAAUCCUGCAGUGCCAGAUGUGUCCCCCUGCUUAAGUCAGUACAUGUCCAGGCCCGUCUGAAGUUUGCUAGAGUGCAUUUGGAUGAUCCAGAAGAGGAUUGGGAGAAUGUCAUAUGGUCAGAUGAAACCAAAAUAGAACUUUUUGGUAAAAACUCAACUCGUCGCGUUUGGAGGACAAAGAAUGCUGAGUUGCAUCCAAAGAACACCAUACCUACUGUGAAGCAUGGGGGUGGAAACAUCAUGCUUUGGGGCUGUUUUUCUGCAAAGGGACCAGGACGACUGAUCCGUGUAAAGGAAAGAAUGAAUGGGGCCAUGUAUCGUGAGAUUUUGAGUGAAAACCUCCUUCCAUCAGCAAGGGCAUUGAAGAUGAAACGUGGCUGGGUCUUUCAGCAUGACAAUGAUCCCAAACACACCGCCCGGGCAACGAAGGAGUGGCUUCGUAAGAAGCAUUUCAAGGUCCUGGAGUGGCCUAGCCAGUCUCCAGAUCUCAACCCCAUAGAAAAUCUUUGGAGGGAGUUGAAAGUCUGUGUUGCCCAGCGACAGCCCCAAAACAUCACUGCUCUAGAGGAGAUCUGCAUGGAGGAAUGGGCCAAAAUACCAGCAACAGUGUGUGAAAACCUUGUGAAGACUUACAGAAAACGUUUGACCUGUGUCAUUGCCAACAAAGGGUAUAUAACAAAGUAUUGAGAAACUUUUGUUAUUGACCAAAUACUUAUUUUCCACCAUAAUUUGCAAAUAAAUUCAUUAAAAAUCCUACAAUGUGAUUUUCUGGAGAAAACAAUUCGCAAUUUGUCUGUCAUAGUUGACGUGUACCUAUGAUGAAAGUUACAGGCCUCUCUCAUCUUUUUAAGUGGGAGAACUUGCACAAUUGGUGGCUGACUAAAUACUUUUUUUCCCCACUGUAACUACUAUCCUAUCUGUCUAUCUAUAUUAAUUGAGGGUCAAUUUUCAGAUGCCUUUAUCAAGCAAAUGCCUUUAUCAUCAGGACACAAAUUACUGUUGGCUCAGUUGCAAAUUGGCUACAGAAAUCCAGGCGUUCCACUUUGGCGGGAGUAGACAGCAGGCUACGAUCCAUACACAUCAGAGGGAAGCCAGUCCUACGCCACCAUAUCUGACUCCCUUAGACAUGAGAGACAGUAUGGGCUCACCUGGAGCCUGUCCUGAGAGAUGUCAAGAACAAGAAUGCACAAAUCAUGACACUCCACAUGAUGAGCGAUAGUCCUGUCACCCAAUACAGAAACAAGAAGAACAUGUACCUAUUCAGCACUCUGCCAUAUAUUUACAGAUUCAAACAAAUCACCUGGAACCUUUCAGAAAAGUCCAUGGGAAGGUGGCACCAGAUGGCGUGGGUGGGGCUGUGAAACAUUGUGCAGACAAACACAUUCAACGGGGGGAGGAUGUGCAGACUCCCAAGGAGCUCUUCGAACUACUUGAGAAGAGUGGAUCGAGCAUCAAGUUCUUUUGGAUUACAGAUGUCACUAAGCACGAUGAAGCUGUGCCAAACAACCUUGCUGGAGUCAAAGGAACCAUGAAAUUGCACCAGGUCACAUCCACAGUGGCACAGAAAAUAAUACAGCGUCAGCAGACCAAGAAUACCAUCAGGAGAACACCAUCACUGAGGAACAGCAAGAUGAAGCUGCAGCUGUGACCAAGUCAACACUUGCUGAAAGUCUAGGCAGUUUUGUCAUUGUCAGCUACGAAGACCACCCCUUUGUAGGCCAGGUGCUGAAGGUGAUUGGGGAGUUUACAAACAGUUUGACAAUCUGGAAAAUUGAAACAAACUUUGUGUAGCAGAGGUUCAGGUUCAGAGUGGGUGUAGUGUGGGAUUGUUUUCUGGUCUGAAUGCCACUGACCUGUUCCGUUCUGUAGGUUCACCAGUGUGGUGAUGGGACUGGUGAGCCUGAAGAAUGUGGCUGUCUCCUUUGCCGAGACUGUGAAGAGCUCUGCGCCCAUCUUCACUGUCAUCAUGUCAAGGCUGAUCCUAGGGGAAUACACAGGUAAAGCACGUACACACAGUGAAGAGCCUGGCUGAGUUCCAAUCCAGAAAACCCGUCACUAUGCCCUUAUAUGCACCGUUCAUUAUGUUCUUAGGAUUCUGUCAGGGUUUCAUUCCGUAAACAUUCCCGUCUCUAGUAUCAAAUCAAAUUGUAUUUGUCACAUGCUUCGUAAAAAAUAGGUGUAGACUACCAGUGAAAUGCUUACUUACGGGCCCUUCCCAACAAUGCAGAGAAAGAAAUUGAAAAAGACAAUAACACAAGGAAUAAAUACACAAUGAGUAACAGUAAUUCAGCAAAUUGGAUGUAGUCUAUCACAGUGCAUUCUGUUUUGUCACCAAAGACCCAUAUACUACCCACCACUGUGACCUGUACGCUCUUGUUGGCUGGUCCUCACUACAUAUUUGUCGCCAAACCCACUGGCUCCAGGUCAUCUAUAAAUCACUGCUAGGCAAAUCCCUGCCUUAUCUUAGCUCAUUGGUCACAAUAGCAACACCCACCCGUAGUAUGCGCUCCAGUAGGUAUAUCUCACUGGUCAUCCCCAAAGCCAACACCUCCUUUGGCCGCCAUUCCUUCCAGUACUCUGCUGCCAAUGACUGGAACGAACUGCAAAAAUCUCUGAAGCUGGAGACUCUUAUCUCCCUCACUAACUUUAAGCAUCAGUUGUCAGAGCAGCUUACCGAUCACUGCACCUGUACACAGCCCAUCUGAAAUUAGCCCAUCCAACUACCUCAUCCCCAUAUUGUUAUUUAUUUUGCUCAUUUGCACCCCAGUAUCUCUAUUUGCACAUCAUCUCUUUCACAUCUAUCAUUCCAGUGUUAAUACUAAUUGUAAUUAUUUUGCACUAUGGCCUAUUUAUUGCCUUACCUCCAUAACUUGCUACAUUUGCACACACUGUAUAUAUAUUUUCUGUUGUAUUUUUGACUUUAUGUUUUGUUUACCCCAUAUGUAACUCUGUAUUGUUGUUUUUUAUCGCACUGCUUUGCUUUAUCUUGGCCAGGUCGCAGUUGUAAAUGAGAACUUGUUCUCAACUGGCUUACCUGGUUAAAUAAAGGUGAAAUAAAUAAAUUAAAUAAAAAUAACUUGGCUAUAUACACAAGGUACCAGUACCGAGUUGAUGUGCAGGGGUACGAGGUAAUUGAGGUAGAUACAGUGCAUUCAAAGUAUUCAGACCCCUUGACUUUUUCCACAUUUUGUUAAGUUACAGCCUUAUUGUAAAAUUGAUUAAAUAAAUAAAAAAUCCUCAUCAAUCUACACACAAUACCCCAUAAUGACAAAGCGAAAGCAGGUUUUUAGAAAACAGAUACCUUAUUUACAUAGCAAAGGGUCUGAAUACCUAUGAGACUCUAAAUUGAGCUCAGGUGCAUCUUGUUUCCAUGUAUCAUCCUUGAGAUGUUUCUACUACUUGAUUGGAGUCCACCUGUGGUAAAUUCAAUUGAUUGGACAUGAUUUGGAAAGACACGCACCUGUCUAUAUAAGGUCCCAGAGUUGACAGUGCAUGUCAGAGCAAAAACCAAGCCAUGAUAUCAAAGGAAUUGUCCGUAGAGCUCCGGGCCAGGAUUGUGUCGAGGCACAGAUCUGGGGAAGGGUACCAAAAAUUAUUCUGCAGCAUUGAAGGUCCCCAACAUCACAGUGGCCUCCAUCAUUCUUAAAUGGAAGAAGUUUGGAACCACCAAGACUGUUCCUAGAGCUGGCCGCCCGGCCAAACUGAGCAAUCGGGGGAGAAGAGCCUUGGUCAGGGAGGUGACCAAGAACCCGAUGGUCACUCUGACAGAGCUCCAGAGUUCCUCUGUGGAGAUGGGAGAACCUAGAAGGCAGCACUCCACCAAUCAGGCCUUUAUGGUAGAGUGGCCAGACGGAAGCCACUCCUCAGUAAAAGGCACAUGACAGCCCGCUUGGAGUUUGCCAAAAGGCAUCUAAAGACUCUUAGACCACAAGAAACAAGAUUCUCUGGUCUGAUGAAACCAAGAUUGAACUCUUUGGCCUGAAUGCCAAGCGUCACUUCUGAAGGAGACCUGGCACCAUCCCUACGGUGAAACAUGGUGGUGGCAGCAUCAUGCUGUGGGGAUGUUUUUCAGCAGCAGGGACUGGGAGACUAGUCAGGAUCGAGGGAAAGAUGAAUGGAGCAAAGUACAGAGAGAUCCUUGAUGAAAACCUGCUCCAGAGCGCUCAGUACCUCAGACUGGGGCAAAGGUUCACCUUCCAACAGGACAAUGACCAUAAGCACACAACAUCAUCCUGUUGGUUCAAGACUUGGUGCGUCGGUACUACUUGCCGUGCGGUAGCAGAGAACAGUCUAUGACUUGGGUGGCUGGAGUCUUUGACAAUUUUUAGGGCAUUCCUCUGACACCACCUGGUAUAGAGAUACUGGAUGGCAGGGAGCUAGGCCCCAGUGAUGUACUGCAAUUGGAUGCCAAACAGUUGCCAUACCGAGCGGUGAUGCAGCCAGUCAAGAUCCUCUCAAUGGUGCAGCUGUAUAACUUUUUGAGGGUCUGAGAGCCCAUGCCAAAUCUUUUCAGCCUUCUGAUGAAGAAGAGGCGUUGUCGUGCCUUCUUCACGACUGUGUUAUGGACCAUGUUAAUUCCUUAGUGAUGUGGACACAGAGGAACUUGUGCCCAUUACAGCCCUGUCAAUAUGGAUGGGGCGUGCUCGGCCCUGUAGUUUACUGUGGUCCACGAUGAGCUCCUUUGUCUUGCUGACGUUGAGGGAAGGAGGUUGUUGUCCAGGCACCAAACUGCCAUGUCACUGACCACCUCGUCGUCAUCGGUGAUCAGGGCUACCAUCGUCGUGUCGUCCGCAAACUUAAUGAUGGUGUUGGUCGUGCGCCGCCACGCAAAUGUGGGUGAACAGGGAGUACAAGAGGGGACUAAGAACGCACCCAUGAGGGGCCACCAUGUUGUUGCCUACCCUCACCACCUGGGGGCGGCCCGUCAGGGAGGGAGGUAUUCAGUCCCAGGGUCCUGAGCUUAUUGAUGAGCUUGGAGGGCACUAUGGCAUUGAACACUGAGCUAUAGUUAAUGAACAACAUUCUCACAUAGGUGUUCCUCUUAUCUAGGUGGGAGAGGGCAGUGUGGAGUGCAAUAGAGAUCAUCUGUGGAUCUGUUGGGGCGGUAUGCGAAUUGGAGUGGGUCCAGGGUGUCUGGGAUGAUGGUGUUGAUGUGAGCCAUGACCAACUAUAAUCGAUGAUCAUUUAGUCAUUUAGACAGGUUAGCUUGGCGUUCUUGGGCACAGGGACUAUGGUGGUCUGCUUGAAACAUGUAGGUAUUACAGACAGGGCCAGGGAGAGGUUGAAAAUGUCAGUGAAGACCCUUGCCAGCUGAUCAGUGAUUGCUCUGUGUAUGCAUCCUGGUAAUCCAUCUGGCCCCGCGGGCUUGAAAAUGUUAACCUGUUUAAAGGUCUUACAUCGGCUACGAAGAGCGAGAUCACACAGUCGUCCGGAACAGCUCUCGUGCAUGACUCAGUGCCUCGAAGCGAGCAUAGAAGGCAUUUAGCUCGUCUGGUAGGCUCGCAUCACCGGACUGCUCGUGGCUGGGUUUCCCUUUGUAUUCCUUGAUAGUUUGCCAGCCCUGCCACAUCCGACGAGCGUCAGAGCCAGCUUUGUAGGAUUCGAUCUUAGUCCUGUACUGAUGCUUUGCCUGUUUGAUGGCUCGUCGGAGGUCAUAGCGGGAUCUCUUAUAAUUGUCCAGAUUAGUGUCCCACUCCUUGAAAGCGGCAGCUCUAGCCUUUAGCUCAGUGUGGAUGUUGCCUGUAAUCUAUGGCUUCUGAUUGGGAUAUGUACGCACGGUUAAUGUGGGGACGACGUCGUCUAUGCACUUAUUAAUGAAGUAUGACUAUGUCCUUAAGUGUUGUUCAGAUAGCCAACGUGUGUGUGUGUACUUACACUACUGUAGGGAUGUGGGUGAACCUGUCCCUGUUUCCUGUCAUGGCUGGUCUGGCCCUCUGCACUGCAACAGAGAUCAGUUUCAACAUGCUGGGCUUCUCCGCAGCCCUCUCUACCAACAUCAUGGACUGGUAGACACACACACACACACACACACACACACACACACACUAACAAAAUAGUACCCGAGUUCAUGACUUUUCUCACAUUUCACAACUUUGUCUUUUCAGGACAAUGUAACACCACAUGUUUUCAUUGUUCUUUUCAUAUUCCCUCUCAGUUUACAGAAUGUUUUUUCAAAGAAGCUACUAAGUGGAGACACCUACAAAUUC